AGUGAACAACGCAGUUAAGUAGUGCGCUCUGAGUGCUUAUGUCAAAAAGUUAUAAUUUAUCCUGAGCCUGGCUGACUACUGAUCAACCCACACUCGCUGGCGACUUUCGCAAAUAAAAAAGGAUUUUACAAGAUUCUUCCUUUGCCUUAGUGCGUAGGUCACUACAAUGGCGCCACUAGGCUUAAAUGGCCCAACUCUCGGGAAGAGACAUCAGCAUUUCAACAAGUUGGUUAAAGAAGGUAUCGCCAACCCUCAACCACAAACAAACAUUAGCUUGGACAACGCCGAUGUUGAAAAUUUACUGAAAAUUGAUCUGGCGUGUCACAACAAGGAUGUUGAUUACAUUAUUGCCGUAUUCAAGACUGGCGACAUGCUGUGCCUGUCUCGUGCGCUCGCUCAUUCUAUCUGGCUAAUUACCGAUCCACAAUAUGCACAUAUUAUCAACCCUGACUAUCUUAAUUCACAAUUACUUCCACAAAUGGGCGUUAAAGCAUUCGCCAAGUUAAAAAAACAUGUGAGGCAUCACAUCAAAGACGAAGUACGAGCUGAACAAUUUUAUUCGGACGAAAAAAAUACAAACGACGCUUUAAAAUGGUUACCGUAUUGUUCAGUAACUUUUAUCGAAACUAAUGUCGAAAAACAUAUUGAUAAUUUAAAACUUAGAACAUUUAAACGGUUGUGUGAAAGAUCUAUCAACGUAUUUGAGAUUGUUUCAAAACACAUACAAUACUACGAAAUAACAAAGUAUGCUCGAGCUGCAACUUUUUUACUAAAAGCUGAUGUUAAUAAGUAUUUGGAUAUAAUGGAAAAGAAGGAGGCUAUCCAAUACAUGCCACAACUGAAUGACAAAGCGACACACUUAAUUAUGAAGACUUGCCCGAAAAGAAUAAUGGACAAAUUUGAUCAGUAUGCAAGUUGUAUUGAUUUGCCAACCUUUUCGAGGUAUCUCAAGAAGGAUGAAAUCAAAACGUUUUUAUACGCGCAAGCUGUAAAAGAUAGGGAUCAUCGUUACCAGUUCCACAAUUUACGAAGAUUAUUCAACUACGAUGUACUAAAACACUUCAUUAAUAGAUUGCCAAAAAGCGAGCAAUUUGAUUUCGUAAAAAAAAUAUUUAUUGAUAAGGAAAAUGUAGACGCCAUCAUAGACAAUUUAGAGGAAGGCACAGAGCCAUAUCAGAUGAAAAUGUUGUGCAGCGUGGUAAAUACGCCUGGUUACGUGUGGUAUCGCUUCGCUUCUUUUGAACGAGCAUUUGAGGACAUAAGUGAAAUGAUAUCUAGGGAUCUCGACAACAAGAACAAAUCGGCGAUGCUGAAAUUACUUAUUUCAUGUGCUGACAAUAACUUGCACCACAUACAAACUUUACUCGAGUAUUUUCUUGACAGACACAAGAAGGAGGAAUCAAAUUUCACGCUCAAAUUUACCACAGAAUUAAUAAAAAACACAAAUAUUAUAGAGUAUGAUGAGAAAACUUGGAACCUAGUUAACGAACUAUUCAAAAUAUUAAAAAUAUAUGAUGAAACUGACGAAAGUAAUCCUUCUUCUGUAAAGAGCCAUCUGAUCGUUGAAUGUAUAAUAAUACAUAAUCUACUACACGACCAGAAUAUACCUGCGGUUAUAAAGCAGAAAUUCUCGUUUCGGACUUUAAUAUCUUAUGGAAAAAAACUUGAUACAGAGCAGAGAGACAAGAUUUUUGCUUUUGUGUACGAAACUAUGAUUCAUAAAUUUAAACCAAUUACAAAAGAAGAAGACUUUACUGAGUCUAUUCAAAUUGUAUUAUGUUUACUAGAAUUACUUCAGGAUUGGAAUAAGCAACUAACGGACUAUCCUUUCGUAAUUGACAAAAUCAAAGAAUUCGUUAAGAUAAAGGAAGAUAACUCCUGGAAAGAUAGUUUGUUGCCUUUGUACAACUUUAACAAGUCGUGGCGGAAAUAUAUGUUUGAAGAAUCUAUUACAAUAAAUCCAUGUGAGGAGGCGUGCUUGAAUGCUCUGAAGCACGAUCCUCAGUUACUCGAGCGUCACGACAAGGAGAUAGACACGUUGCGAAGUAACGAUGCCGUCUCGCUGCGGCGUCUGCUCGCCAAGCUGCGCGUCUACUGGCCGCACUCACUCGCUCAGCAGUGGAUCGACGCGUACUUGCUAAAUCUGAACAAAUCGGAAGGACAUAAGGCUACUAUACGUGGUAUAUGCGCAUCUCUGCCUCGAAAACCGCUUGCUGAGUUCAUAGAAAAAUAUAAGCCAGCAGGUGCAAAAAUAGACUGGAGUGCAGUUGAUGAUCGAGUUCUCAGUAUUCAACGCUUUAUAGCUAAAAACAUGCACAUCGCACGGCCGAAACCUGAACCUGACACAAUCUUAUUGUACGCAAAAGGUGACUAUUUACAAUUCGCCCUCCCCUCGCUGUUAGCAAUAUACAAUAAUUUGAAUGUAACCCAAAGUCAAGAACAUCUUCCAAAACUUUUAGAUGCACCAGUGUCUAUUCAAAAGCACGGCAUUAGAUUAGCAUUUCGUAAGCUGGAUCACGAAGCCGUCAAAAAAAUUUUCUUCGAUUGUUGGAAAAGAUCGAAGAAUCCAAGUAUCCGAGUUCUAAUAUUUCAAUUUACUUUCGAGUUAUUAUGUAAUGAAGAGGAUCCCACAAAAUCUGUGAGUCUUUGGGAACUAACUGAAUUAUUUAUUGAAAACUUAACAUUUGAAGAAGAUAAGAAAAUUUACAAUUUACUAUCGAAGGUACGGAACGUCCCACGAAAUAUCAGACCAAACUUUUUAAUAAAGAGUUACAACUUCAUGAAAUCGUUAAUUGAUAAAGUAAAAGAAGAAGACCGGGGUCAUUACAAGUCACUUAGUGCAGACAUGGCGGAAGAAUCAAGAGAUAUAAUGGAAGACAUGUGUCCCAAGUUUGUUACUUCUGUUAUAAACGAGUUUCUCGAUAAAGACUUUUUCGGCGAUGGCAACGAUUUCGGAGGGAAUAGAGGUAUGAUAUCCGUUAUUUCAGCCUAUCUGCUGUGUGCUGAAAAUGAAGACUUACAAAUCGAAAAAUAUGAAAAAGUAUUUGUACCACUGAUGAGGCGUGCUGUAACAAUGCCCAACGUUGUCCGAGACCAUUUCCAGCGUUUGCUAAUACAACUUACGACUGACUUAAAAGAUUAUGUAGUUAAAAAGAAUAUGAUUAUACCUGUUAAAAUGUUUUCAAACAUACAAGAAGAACUUGAAAAAUCGUUGCGUAUAUCAGAAAAUUAUAUGAUGUUAACAAAGUGGAAGCUAACGGUCGAUUUGGCAAAACUUACUGAAAAAUCCAGUUCCAAUGAAUGGCAAGAUAUUGUAAAUGAAAUAGCACCGGAGUUUGGAAAAAAUUGUCUAAAAUACUUGAAACAAGAUGUGGACACGCACUUCCCUUGCAUUUAUAAACUAUUCUCGAAAGCUCUGAAUACAUUGCUUGAAACACUAUUUGAAAACGAUAGUGGUAGGAUCAAAAUUUACGAAUGCAUAUUGGCUGACAACGAUUUUGUCCAAGGUUACCUUGCCACAAUAGAAAUGAGCGGUCAAUCAUACAUAUAUGAUAAAUCCACAUAUGAAGUAUUAUGGAACCAAAUUAUUAAACAUCCUUCUGUAGAAGUGCAAAUGCAUUAUUAUAAUAGUAUAAAAGAUUUGAGGGUCUAUUAAUAUGUCGGAUAAUGAAUCAACGUCAUUGUUAAUUUUUUUUAAACUAACUUUAAAAAAUCCGUCAUUUGAAAAAUUAAUUAAUAUUAUAAAAAAGUUGAUUAAUAUUAACAUUUUGAAAUUGUAUUACUAACCUUACUACUACUAUGCAUUGUUAGAAGUUAGGCACCUACUUAGCAUUGCUAAUAUUUUAUAUGGUGGGUACCUACAUUUGUUUUGCAAAGCUUUUUGUUUUUAUUUAAUGUUGAACAAUUAAAUGGCAUCCACAA